AUGUUUCCUACCAAUUUCACUACCUUACCUAGCAAACAACCCAUCCUCGACACCUACAAGGGUGCCAUUGUGGACACUUUGCCCACUCCGUCGUUCGUUAUCGAUAGAACCAAGUUUAAGGCCAAUUGUAUUAAGAUGCUCCACAAUGCUGAGCUGUUACAGGCCGACUUUAGGGCCCACGUAAAGACUCAUAAGACCAUUGAAGGGACCCGGAUCCAAGUUUCGCCCCAACCUGGGCUUUCUACUGAUAAACUCGUGGUAUCUACGCUUAUGGAGGCAUGGAACCUCCUACCAUUGGUAGAGGAAGGUGGAGUGACCGAUAUCCUUUUCAGCUUGCCAGUGGUACGGUCGCGGUUGGACGAGUUGGCCCAACUUUCCACCAAGGUGCCCCAUUUAAGGCUCAUGUUGGACAACCCUGAACAGUUGGACUUAUUGGCCAGUCGUCCUUUGUCCACAGACGGGGACAAACCCGCUCAGAAGUGGUCGGUGUUCAUUAAAAUCAACAUGGGAACCAACCGUGCUGGGCUUUUGAACGAUUCUCAGUAUCUUAGCGAGACUUUAGCGAGGUUCCAUGACGUCGCGGUAUCACUGGCGGUGGAGAUCUAUGGCUUUUACUGCCACGCUGGACAUUCCUACGCUUCCGAUAGCCCCAAUGCUGCCAAGGGGUUCCUUAUGGAAGAAAUCCGUCACGCCAACAUGGCCGCUAAGGCAGCUAAGGAUCUUUUCCCCGACCUCAACCUCCAGAUCUCCGUGGGAGCUACUCCUACAGCCCAUGCGUCUGAGAUCUUGACUAUGGACGAAGUUACCACCACCGUAGGUCCACUCUACGGUAAGUUAGAGCUUCAUGCUGGGAAUUAUCCUUGUCUUGACUUACAACAGGUUUCUACGGGGUGUGUUACCUUGGACGACGUGUCGUGCAAAGUGGUGGCAGAGGUGUUGUCGACGUACCGCGGCCGUGGUGGUAAAGGUCCAGGAGAACAAUUGAUCAAUGCUGGGGUGAUUGCCCUCGCACGAGAAUUCGGUCCAUUACCGGGCCAUGGAAGGAUCGUGGAACCAAAGGGGUACGACAAUUGGAUCGUUGGAAGAUUAAGCCAAGAGCACGGGAUCUUGGUACCAUUGGAGGAUAAGCCCACGGAGUUGAUUCCUUUGGGGACGAGAGUUCUGGUGGUACCACAACAUUCGUGUAUUACCGCGGCAGCAUAUCCAUGGUAUUACGUGGUAGAGGGAGAUGUGGUGGUCGAUGUGUGGGUUCCUUUCAGAGGGUGGUAG